GUGCGGUGCAGAACUGAGAACUGUGUCGGCGGCGGUUGCUUUUGGGGCUCCGGCUUCGGCUUCGGCUUGAACGGGCUUUGGCGUGGGGCGCCGGCGACGGAAAGGGGAUCUCUCCGGGCAGGCUAUGUGAAUGUGGAGCCCGUCGCAGCACUGAAUAAGAUUUGUGAUGAAAUGGAGCCUGGAACAAACUCUUUUCGAGUAGAAUUUCCUGAUUUUUCCAGCACCAUUUUGCAGAAACUAAACCAGCAGCGUCAGCAAGGACAAUUAUGUGAUGUCUCCAUUGUUGUCCAAGGCCACAUUUUCCGGGCACACAAGGCUGUUCUUGCUGCCAGUUCACCCUACUUUUGUGACCAAGUACUCCUGAAGAACAGCAGGAGGAUUGUUUUGCCUGAUGUGAUGAACCCAAGGGUAUUUGAGAACAUUCUUCUUUCUAGUUACACAGGACGUCUGGUAAUGCCGGCUCCCGAAAUUGUUAGUUAUCUAACAGCUGCAAGCUUCCUCCAGAUGUGGCAUGUGGUGGACAAAUGCACAGAGGUAUUAGAGGGGAAUCCCACUGUGCUCUGUCAGAAGCUUAAUCAUGGCAGCGACCACCAGUCUCCCAGCAGCAGCAGUUACAAUGGCCUGGUGGAGAGCUUUGAGUUGGGCUCUGGGGGCCAUUCGGACUUCCCCAAGACCCAGGAACUGAGGGAUGGAGAGAACGAAGAGGAAAGCACCAAAGACGAGCUGUCAUCUCAACUCACCGAACACGAGUACCUCCCCAGUAACUCCUCCACUGAGCACGACCGACUGAGCACAGAGAUGGCAAGCCAGGAUGGGGAGGAGGCAGCCAGCGACAGUGCCGAGUUCCACUACACCCGGCCCCUGUACAGCAAGCCCAGCAUAAUGGCACACAAGCGUUGGAUUCAUGUGAAGCCCGAGCGCUUUGAGCAGGCGUGUGAGGGCAUGGACGUGCACGCUCCCUACGACGAGCACCAGGUCACCGAGUCCAUCAACACCAUGCAGACGGAGCACUCCAUCCAGCCUUCCGGGGUGGAGGAAGACUUCCACAUCGGGGAAAAGAAGGUGGAAGCAGAGUUUGAUGAGCAGGCAGACGAGAGCAACUAUGACGAACAGGUGGAUUUCUAUGGCUCUUCCAUGGAAGAGUUUUCUGGAGAACGGUCAGAGGGGAAUGUCCUUGGCCACAGGCAGGAGGCCGCCCUCGCUGCUGGCUACAGCGAGAACAUCGAAAUGGUAGCUGGGAUCAAAGAAGAAGCUUCUCACUUGGGUUUCUCAGCCAGUGACAAGCUCUAUCCGUGUCAGUGUGGGAAGAGUUUUACUCACAAGAGCCAGCGAGAUCGACACAUGAGCAUGCACCUCGGUCUCCGGCCCUAUGGCUGUGGUGUCUGUGGGAAAAAAUUCAAGAUGAAGCAUCAUCUUGUGGGCCACAUGAAAAUUCACACGGGCAUCAAGCCCUAUGAGUGUAAUAUCUGUGCAAAGAGAUUUAUGUGGAGGGACAGUUUCCACAGGCACGUAACUUCUUGUACCAAGUCCUACGAAGCUGCAAAGGCUGAGCAGAAUACAACUGAGGCGAACUAAAAAUAGGGUCUGGCCCUUGAGUGGCAGGCACAAAAAUAAACUAUGGUAAUUAUGCAAAUCUGGGCACAGAUGAUGCGUGCUACUUGCUAUUAUAAGAGAAGCCUAAAAAAAAGUAAAGGAAGAUAUUUCGGAAAGACCAGCUCUAAGUAGGCCAAUU